CGCGGCACUCCCAGUCUCUCGCAUCUAACGAGCUAGCUAUCCCAAGCUCCAUUCCAUCCGCCAGCUAGCUCGCUGUGCUCUCUAGUUCUGGACUCCUGACCUUGUUGCCGCGGACCUGUGAGAUCGAUGGAAGCGUACGCAGCAGCGAUGCCUUCACCGCCAGCAAUAGCCAUGGGCGUCGACAAGCUCAGCUACGAGAUCUUCUCCCUGCUUGAGACCAAGUUCCUCUUCGGCGCCGCCGGGGGGUGCCUGUCCUCCGGCUCCGGCACGCCGGCAAAAGCGAGUUUUGACGGUGGACGCGUGCGGGUGCUGGCCCUCGACGGCUGCGGCGCGGGCGCCGAGGACGCGCUCCUGGCCGCCGCGGCGCUCACCAGGCUCGAGGCCGGGCUGCGGGAGCAAGCCGGGGACCCCGAUGCGCGCGUGGCCGACUUCUUCGAUGUCGCGGCGGGCGCCGGCGCGGGAGGCGUGCUCGCGGCGAUGCUGUUCCUGAGAGGCCCCGACGGGCGGCCGCGGUACUCGGCCCAGGAGGCGCUCGAGUUCGUCGCCGGCAGCGUGGGGAGGAAGGACGGUUGGGGUGGUCGCCGCGGGAGGUGGGCGAAGAUAUUCCGCGGCUCCCGGAAUGGCGACGCCAUGUUCCAGCGCCUGUUUGGCGAGGCGACGCUCAGGGACACCGUGGCGCCGCUGCUCGUGCCCUGCUACGACCUCGCCACGGCCGCGCCCUUCGUUUUCUCGCGCGCCGAUGCCGUCGAGAGCGACGCAUUCGACUUCCACCUCCGCGACGUCUGCGCCGCCACCUGCGCCGCGGGCCGCGCGGUUGCGUCUGUCAGGUCGGUGGAUGGUCUCACGGCCAUCGCCGCGGCGUCCGGAGGCGCGGCGGCCAUGGGCAACCCGGCCGCCGCCGCCAUCACGCACGUGCUGCACAACAAGCAGGAGUUCCCCUUGGCCACCGGCGUCGAGGACAUCCUCGUCCUCUCCAUCGGCGCCGGCGCGUCCUCCGCCACCGUCUCCUGCGGGUCGAGCGCGCCAAUGCCCACACGCUCGCCCUCGCCGCGCAAUCUGGCGCGCGCAACCGCCGAGGGCGUCGCGGACAUGGUGGACGAAUCCGUGGCCAUGGCGUUCGGGCCCGCGCGCGGAAGCAACUACGUGCGCAUCCAGGCCGGCAGGGCGCCGGCCCCGCUCCGCGCGGGGACGGCGGCCGCUGCCGUGGGAGCGAUGCUGGCGCAGCGGAGCGUGGAGUCCGUGCUGUUCCGCGGGCGGCGGCUGUCGGAGCGGACCAACGCCGAGAAGGUCGACGCGCUGGCGGCGGAGCUGGUGAAGGAGCAGGAGCGGCGGAGGCGCAGCCCGCUCCCGAACGUGGCCAUCAAGCAGCUCGCCACGCCGCGGCUGUCGUCGGCGACCACCGCGUCGUCAGGCACCACGACGGCGAGGACUGUGUCGUCGAUGCCGUCACCGGCGUCGUGGGAUUCACGCCGGUAGCGAACUACCGAGGCCGCCUCCGUGGCGCGAUGAGGAUCUACUGAUCUAUAGCGUACAUAGUAGACAUGCCAUUGAGGAACUGACAACGCUAUGUUGUCUCCGAUAACGAGCCACUGACAUGCGGGAUGCCGGUUGGGACUUUGAAAAUGAGACUUUCUUGCGACAAUCUAUCCCGCGAGCACACUGUGGUUUAAAUUCAGUUGUAGCUUUCCUAUAUUUUCUUUAAACUUAAAAUACCCUCU